UUGUCUCGACUCGCCCCACCAGGAACCCAUCGGAACAUAUCUGUGUUCUAUAACAAAAUCCAAUACUUAUUUACUACCUACUCGGUUUCACUCAGUUUCAUGCUCAACCUAAACCAUUUCAUCAUGCGUUUUCUCUUCCUUCUUCUCGUUCUGCCCUUCUUUGUCAGCCUCGCUUCCUCACGGACACUCCUUGAAGGUCUCGUGAUUGAUUGUGGUGCGACAUCGCCGUCCAACAUCGGCGGUUUUUUAUGGCUGCCGGACGGGGAGUUUAUAUCAACCGGAACGCCCAAGAACGUGACCACCUCUCUUCGGGAUCCCAUUUUGUCCUCCGUUCGAUCCUUCCCUCUUCGAGUCAAGAAACAUUGCUACAAUUUUCUCGUGUUUCCCGGAAAACGAUACAUGGUGCGGACGACGUAUUUCUAUGGAGGGGUAAACGGCCCGAAGCAUCCUUCCCCACCGGUGUUUGAUCAGAUCGUGGAUGGGACUUUAUGGAGCGUGGUUAACACCACGAAGGACUAUGCAAAUGGGAAUUUCACCUUCUACGAAGGGGUUUUCUCAGCUCAGGGUAAAACUAUGACUGUAUGCAUCGGGUCAAAUACUCACACGGAUUCCGACCCCUUUAUAUCGGCUUUAGAGCUUGUGAUUUUGAGUGAUUCACUUUACAAUGCCACCGAUUUUAACAACUUUGGGCUCAAUUUGGUUGCAAGGCACAGUUUUGGCUACUCUGGACCUACCAUUCGGUCAGUACGAGAUGCAUUCUUGCGCUCUUUACAAUGCAAUUAGUGGUGAAGCUUAAUUGCCCUUACCAAAUUGUGCUUGU